GGGUCGAAAUUUCAUGUGUAGUACGUCGUGUCCGGUGGAGGUCACAGACAUCCGAGCGGACUGAGUUUUAUGAGAUGGCCAAGUUAUUUGAGUCGAUCGGAAAGUUGGGGCUGGCCCUGGCCAUCGGUGGAGGUGUUGUGAACUCUGCUCUUUUUAAUGUCGAUGCAGGGCACCGGGCCGUGAUAUUCGACAGGUUUCGAGGUGUACAAGAUGCAGUUGUUGGUGAAGGGACCCAUUUCCUCAUUCCCUGGGUGCAGAAACCCAUCGUGUUUGAUUGCCGCUCCCGUCCACGCAAUGUGCCUGUAAUCACAGGCAGCAAAGACCUGCAGAAUGUCAACAUCACAUUGCGUAUCCUCUUCCGACCGGUGACGACUCAGCUGCCACGCAUCUUCACCAGUAUCGGAGAGGACUAUGAUGAGAGGGUGCUACCGUCCAUCACCACAGAGGUCUUAAAGGCUGUAGUGGCUAGGUUUGAUGCCGGCGAGCUGAUCACUCAGAGAGAGCUGGUGUCUCGGCAGGUCAGCGAGGACCUCACAGAAAGAGCCUCCACCUUCGGCCUCAUUCUGGAUGAUGUUUCACUGACACACUUGACCUUCGGCAAGGAAUUCACAGAGGCUGUUGAGAUGAAGCAGGUGGCUCAGCAGGAGGCAGAGAGGGCCCGAUUCGUAGUAGAAAAGGCCGAGCAACAGAAGCAGGCGGCCAUCAUCUCAGCAGAGGGAGACUCCCAGGCUGCCUUGCUCAUCGCCAAUUCCCUGAUGGAGGCCGGAGACGGUCUGGUGGAGCUGCGUAAGCUGGAGGCUGCCGAGGACAUCGCCUUCCAGCUGUCGCGCUCUCGCAACGUCACCUACCUGCCCUCCGGACAGGGCACGUUGCUCCAGCUGCCCCAGUGAUGGCGUCAUCUCACCCGCAACACUCUCGCCACCACCAGCCGCCACACAAGCCGUGGAAGGGGUGGUUGGAGGAUGAAACAACGGAUUCUCCCAACUUCACAUACAUUCCUCCCACUCUUUCUCUAACCAACUCUGGACUGGGCUCUGCUGAUAGCAGCAUGGUGGGAGACAGAGUGAGAGGUCUGCGAUGGAUAAUUCAUGAAGUCCACCCUUGUGUAAGGAAGCGAGGGGGUUACUUGCUCAGUCUGUGAUAAUAUAUAUCCAUGAUAUAACUUGUUCUUUUGUUUUGAGAAGAAUCUCCAAUGCAGUAAAUUCUCUAAAGAUUUGUUGUUGCAGAGUGAUAAAGUGCAUCAAGGGAAACUUGUGUGGUUCCUUUAAAAGAUGAGGUGAUAAAUUGUGAAUGCCAUUAUUGUUGUGCUGGAAAGUUUAAUUAAACUGUGCAGCUACAGUAUAUUGAAAUCUGUAAUGAAAGUCUGUCCUUCAGAUUCACUCUGACAAGAAAUGAUUCAUUUGUUUGACUUCAUUCUUUGUUUUCUGAAUGCUAGAGGAUUAAUGUGCUGGAAUAAAACUGCUUUCUAGCUAAUUAUUUCUUCCUGAAUAAUAUCACCACCCGAUUGGAACGUGCCUGUCGGACAGUAGAGGAUGACCCUUCAUUCUUUACACUUUUUUGCUGUGUCUUUAGUUUGUGUGGAGAAAGUGUAAGCCCCAAAGUUUAAAGAAAUGAUUCAACCUAACAAUAAAAUUGUCUUUCUACCUCCCA